AUGCGUGCUCUUCAAAAUGUCUUGCAGCCAGGCAGUCGCGAGUUCGUAAUCGUGUUAAACGCUGUACUGGCGCUACUUGCUGUCGUGAUGCUGACGGUCAUCUACACGGAGCUCGAAGACUCGUUCCACGUGUUUGUGCUGCUGUUCCUCGUGAUCGGGCUCACGAUCUCCAUCAAUUGGUUCAUCAUCGAAACGAGCAACGUCCGUCAAGUCGCAGACGGCAAAGAAAAGCGCAUUUUAGACCCGAAUGCAAGAUCCAAAACUGACUGA